AGACAGAGUCCGACUUCCUACCCGGUGUUCUGCGGCUCCUGCUGGGGUUUCUCCAGAUGCCAUGGCGCUGGAGCUAUCGCCCCCACAUCUCAGCAGCUCCCCAGAAGACCUGUACCUAGCACCUGGAACCCCUCCUGGGACUCCCCCACUUCCCCCUACCCCCCUGACUGGGGAAGUGAGACGAUCCCAACCUCUGCCUAUUCCCACCAGGAAACUUCGAGAAGAAGAGCUGCGGGCCACCUCUCUGCCUUCCAUCCCCAACCCCUUCCCGGAGCUCUGCAGCCCCCCUUCCCAGGCCCCCAUUCUCGGGGGCUCCUCCGGUGCCAGGGGGCUUCUGCCCAGAGAUACCAGCCACCAUGUGGUGAAAAUAUACAGUGAGGAUGGCUCCAGUCGGUCGGUGGAGGUGGCAACGGGCGCCACGGCCCGCUAUGUGUGUGAGAUGCUGGUGCAGCACGCCCACGCCCUCAGCGAUGAGAACUGGGGGCUGAUGGAAUGUCACCCCUAUCUAGCCCUGGAGCGGGGCCUGGAGGACCACGAGUCCGUGGCUGAAGUGCAGGCGGCCUGGCCCAUAGGUGGAGACAGCCGCUUCGUCUUCCGGAAGAACUUCGCCAAGUAUGAACUGUUCAAAAGCAACCCACACUCCCUGUUCCCAGAAAAGAUGGUCUCCAGCUGCCUCGACGUGCAUACAGACAUGUCCCACGAGGACCUCAUUCAGAACUUCCUGAAUGCUGGCAGCUUCCCAGAGAUCCAGGGCUUCCUGCAGCUGCGGGGAUCAGGACGCAAACUUUGGAAACGCUUCUACUGUUUCCUGCGGCGGUCGGGCCUCUAUUAUUCCACCAAGGGCACGUCUAAGGAUCCACGGCACCUGCAGUACCUCGCUGACGUGAACGAGUCUAACAUGUACGUGGUGACCCAGGGCCGCAAGCUCUACGGGCUGCCCACCGACUUUGGCUUCUGUAUCAAGCCCAACAAGCUUCGAAAUGGCCUCAAGGGGCUCCAUGUCUUCUGCAGCGAGGAUGAGGCCAGUCGCACCUGCUGGUUAGCAGCCUUUCGCCUCUUCAAGUAUGGGGUCCAGCUGUAUAAAAAUUAUCUGCAUGCACAGUCUCGCCACCUGCGCCUAUCUUCUGUGGGUUCCCCACCCUUGAGAAGCGUCUCCGAUAAUACCCUGGUGGCCAUGGACUUCUCUGGGCGUGCUGGGCGUGUCAUCGAGAAUCCCCGGGAGGCUCUGAGUGCUGCCGUGGAGGAGGCGCAGGCCUGGAGGAAAAAGACCAACCACCGUCUCAGCCUCCCCACCCCAAGCUCGGGCAGCAGCCUCAGCGCAGCCAUCCACAGGACCCAGCCGUGGUUUCACGGGCAUAUAUCGAGGGAGGAGAGCCAGCGGCUCAUCGGGCAGCAGGGCCUGGUGGACGGCCUGUUCCUGGUGCGGGAGAGUCAGAGGAACCCCCAGGGCUUUGUCCUCUCUCUGUGUCACCUGCAGAAAGUUAAACAUUAUCUUAUCCUACCGAGCGAGGAAGAGGGGCGGCUAUCCUUCAGCAUGGACGAAGGCCAGACCCGCUUCACGGAUCUGCUGCAGCUCGUGGAGUUCCACCAGCUGAACCGAGGCAUUCUUCCCUGCGUGCUGCGACACUGCUGCACCCGCGUGAUGCUCUGACGCUGGCUGCCACCCGGUGGCCUCCUUCCUGGAGCUCCUGGGCAAGACAUUAGGGAACACGUGGGGGGCACUCCGGGCUCUGAUGCCCACAUUUUGUACAGACUGAGCGGCCAGUUGAUGUGUUUUAUACUAGUGACAAUAAAGACUAUUUUUUGAUAUA